ACAUGAUUUCCGCAUGAUGACGGAAUUCAACCUCGCGAAAUCUUGAAUUAUUUGUUGAAAAAUUCAGUACAUAAGAAUUUCUGCAACACAGAGGUAUAAAUCGCCGAAUUUGGACAGCCGUGCCUAAUUCCCCUGUGCAUCUGGCAUGUUCUAAAGAUCCAGCCAUUAUUUUUUAAACGGAAGAAAGUAUGGAUCCUGCUGUUGCAUCAAAGCCAAAACUUUUAAUCAGUGCUUGGUCACUACACCUGGGUGCCCUUCUUCUAAAUGUGAUCGGAAUGGGAACGCCAUACUGGGUUUAUGAGGCCAGUGUUGGCAGUACAAUUUACGCAGGCUUGUGGCAAUAUUGUCGCCAAGUCCUUUACACUAUUAUACCAUGCAAGGACAUAAACGAGUUUCCAGGAAUGAAAUGGGUGAAAAUGGUUCAGGCCCUGAUGAUUCUCAGCGUGAUGUGUUUUGGUGGAGGAUUUAUAUGCCUUACUCUAAAGAUAUGGGUUCUGAAAGAUAGAAAAGAAAUAUUACAUGCCGUUCUUUUGUCUACAUUUGCAGGGGCAUUUUUAACCCUUGUCGCCAUAUCCAGAGCUGCCGAUAUGAAGGAGAGAUAUCUUGGGGACACCUAUACGCUGCACUUUUCUUUCGCGUUUUGCAUACUUGGGAUGCUGCUGGGGAGUGCUGCUUGCAUUCUUUUAACAGUGGACCGUCUGAAGAAUAAAGAAUCUUGGAUCAAUUCCUGAACCUGUCGGAGAAAGAACAAAAUAUAUAACGAUACAUAUACUUGUGUUUACACCAGAUUUCUCGAGUAUAUUUAUACUUUGCAAAACUACAUGUGGGUGACACAUCUAGAAAAGUCUUUGCAGUUUAACUAUACCUUUUCCUGACUUUUAAAACUUGAGUUCCCACAUUUAAAUUCUGAUAUUUGUUGUCUGAUCCUUCAUUUAGUUUUUCUUAUCACUAGCCAUAGCUUGUUUAACAAUGAAUUUUUCUUAUCACUAGCCAGAACUUGUUUAACGAUGAAUUUUUCUUAUCACUAGCCUUGACUUGUUUAACGAUACUUUUAUCUUUUUACUAGCCAUAGCUUGUUUAGUGAUGCGUUUUUCUUUAACCGUAGCUUAUUUAUCGAUGAAUUUUUCUUAUCUUUAACCAUAGCUUAUUUAUCGAUGAAUUUUUCUUAUCUUUAACCAUAGCUUAUUUAUCGAUGAUUUUUUCUUAUCUUUAACCAUAGCUUAUUUGUCGAUGAAUUUUUCUUAUCUUUAACCAUAGCUUAUUUAUCGAUGAUUUUUUCUUAUCUUUAACCAUAGCUUAUUUAUCGAUGAAUUUUUCUUAUCUUUAACCAUAGCUUGUUUAACGAUGAAUUUUUCUUUUUUCGAGCCAUAGCUUGUUUAACGAUGAAUUUUUCUGAUCAGUAGCCAGAACUUGUUUAACGAUGAAUUUUUCUUAUUUUUGUCCAUAGUUUGUUUAACGAUGAAUUUUUCUGAUCACUAGCCAUGGCUUUGUUUAAAGAAUUUUUCAUUUUACUAGUCAUACAAUGUAGCUUGUUAUGUCUCCCCUUUAAAGGGGAGACAUAUUGUUUUUGUCAUUUUUCUUCUUCUUCUUCAACCAAAUUUUGUCCAGACCCUAACUAGAUAACCCUUUGACUUCAAACUUGGCACCAAAAUUUUUGACCUUGACCCUUUUCUUCAUUCAAGGUCAAAUUAAGAAAAACAUGAAGAGACCAUAACUUUAGAACCCUUUGACGUUAAGACUUCAAACUUAGAAUAUGAGAAGGGGAGGGGGUUGAGGAAAGGGGGAAUUCCACCAAAAAUUUUGACCUUGACUCAUUUAUAAAGUCAAUGUCAAUUUUUAAUGUCAAAAUAUAGUCCAGACCAAAAGCUGACUUGACAGCCGUUUGACAUUAAAACUUCAAACUUGGAAUAUAGAGAGAUGAUAUGGAAGAGUGCACCAAAAUGUUUGACCUUCACCCCUUUCUUCAUUCAAGGUCAAAUUAAGAAAAACAUGAAUUCACCAUAACUUUAGAACGCUUUGAAAUUAAGACUUCAAACUUAGAAUAUGAGAAGGGGGAAUGAGGAAAAGGGGAAUUCCACCAACAUUUUUGACCUUGACCCAUUUAUAAAGUCAAGGUCAAUUUUUUUAUGUCAAAAUAUAGUCCAGGCCAAAAGCUGACUUGACAACCGUUUGACAUUAAAACUUUAAACUUGGAAUAUGGAGAGGUAAUAUGGAAGAGGGGUGCACACCACAAACAGUUUUGACCUUCAUCCACUUACAGUGUCAAGGUCACUCUUUUACAUCAAGACUAUAACCUGAGAACUAUUUGACAUUAGGAUUUCAAACUUACAACUUAGAAAGCAGAUAUUAAGACAAGAUGUACCAAAAUCUUUGACCUUGACCCAUUUCUUCAUUCAAUGUCACUCUUUUACAUCAAAGUAUAGUCAAGACUAUAACCUGAGAACCCUUUGACAUUGGGAUUUCAAACUUAGAAUAUGGAAAGCAGACAUUAAGACAAGAUGUACUGUACCAACAUUUUUUACCUUGACCCAUUUCUUCAUUCAAUGUCAUGUUUAAAAAAAUCUUGAUGAUAUCAUAUUUAAGAUUUGUUUGACAUCAAGAUUACAAACUUGUAAUAUGGAAAGGCAAUAUUGAGGAGGGGGUGCACAUCACCAACAUUUUUUCCCUUGACCUACUUACAUUGGCAAGGUCACUCUUUUACAUCAAAGUAUAGUCCAGACCAUAACCUGAGAACCCUUUGCCAUUAGGUUUUCAAACUUACAAUAUGGAAGGCAGAUUUAAGACGAGAUGUACUGCACCAUUUUGUUUUUACCUUGACCCAUUCCUUGGAAAGCAGACAUUAAGACGCUUGCACUCAUUAUUGUUGUCUGUUGGGGGUUUUUGUUGUAAAAAACAAUACCCACUAGUUUAACGGUGAUUUUUUUCUUAUCACUAGCCAUAGCUUGUUUAACAAUGAUUUUUUUCUUAUCACUAGCCAGAGCUUUUUGAGCGAUAUUUUUAUUUCUUUUUACUAGUCAUACCUUGUUUAAUGAUGAAAUGAAUAACAAUGAGACAAAUAA